UAAUAAAUAAAUCGUGAACAAAAUUACCCUUUCAAAAUUUGAAUGGAAAGAAAGAAAAAGCUGAAGAAAUAAAAAAGUGGAAGUUUGAGGUUUCUGUUUCUGCAGCUCAAUCACUAUCUUCUCUCUCGAUCUUCUCGGAGCUUGAUAUCCACAAAGAAACACAUGCUCUUCACUUGUUUAAUAUAUAUAAUUCUGAGAGUACCAAAGUUUAAUAUAUAUAAUUCUGAGAGUACCAAAAUUGGUAAAAGUAGAAAACAAGAAAUAGAAACCCAACCCAUCCCACACAUUCUGCAGAGAUUUUUGCAUGCUUUUUUGUUUAUUUAUUACUGUUCAUGAUUGUUAUUGCUGGCCUGUAAAAUCUUCAGUUUGAAGUUUGAAUCUUUACAUUUACUUACUACCACUGGCUGUUUGGCUGGCUGGCUUCCAUCUAACUGUUGAGGUUGUUGUGUUCUCCAGUCAAGGGUAAUUUAAUCUGGGUCUUCCUCCUUUUAUUCUUUCUAAGUUGAAUUUUAGUACUUCAAAAUUUUUGAUAAUUUUUUGAAUUUGAGUGUCUGGGUUGCUCUUAAAUUGGAGCUUUUGUGUUGGAUAUUUUGGUUUUUUUUCCCCUUUGUUUUCUGAUGCAAGCACUGUUCCAUUCAUGCAAUUUUGGCUUCUGAAACUGGGUAUUCUGCAAAAUUUCAUCAAUUUAUCAAUUGGGUUGUUCUUCUUUUUUGAUUUCGAGAAUUGGGUUGUUCUUGUUUUGUGAUUUCAGGAAUUGGGUCUUUAGUGAUUGCACAUUGUCAUGGUUUUAUCACUAUUUCAGAAGCAAUUGAUCGAGUUGGAUGUGAUGCUGUUGGAGCUGCAAAUCGUUGAGUCUUCAGAGCGAGCGAGUCUGCAGAUCCAUUUUGUUUUGAUUCUUAUAUAGUGUGAUAAUAUUUUGGGUUAGAUGUUUUUUGGAGUGGAUUUGAAGCAAAGAUGAACACAUUGUGAUGUGCUAGUUGGGGAGUUGGAGAAUCGAACCGUAGAUGGAGCGCAAGUGGUUGUGGAAGAAGAAGUCUUCUGAGAAGAGCUCUGGAGAAACUGACAGUUCAGGUUCAGUAUCUUCACACUCCGAGAGGUACUCCGAUGAACAGGAGGCACUAAAGGCAUCUCCGAAUCAUGAUGCUCAAUCACCUGAAGUCACAUCAAAAGCUGCAUCCAGUGCUGACGAUGUUAGUGAUAGUCUGAAGAGUCUAACAGCGAGAUUAUCAGCUGCUCUUGUGAAUGUUAGUGCCAAAGAAGACUUGGUGAAGCAGCAUGCCAAAGUUGCUGAAGAAGCUGUUGCAGGCUGGGAAAAGGCUGAAAAUGAGGCCGCUGUUUUUAAGUCAGAACUUGAAGCUACAAUUCAGCAAAACUUGGCUCUGGAAGAUCGGGUAAGCCAUCUUGAUGGGGCCCUCAAGGAAUGCGUUAGACAGCUUAGACAAGCGAGAGAGGAGCAGGAACAAACCGUACAGGAAGCUGUGCUGAAGAAAACCCGUGAUUGGGAGUCCACCAAAUUGAAGCUUGAAAGUCUGAUUGUUGAGCUCCAGAGAAAUGCAGAAGCGAAUAAAGCUGAAGCUUCUGCUUUUGUCGAUCCUCAUCUUUCUCAUAAGUUGCAAUCUUUAAAAAAAGAAAACUCGGCCCUGAAGCAUCAGCUACUGUCUCAAGCAGAGGAGUUGGAAAUCAUGACGAUUGAGAGGGACUUGAGUGCUCAAGCAGCUGAAACAGCCAGUAAGCAACAUUUAGAGAGUAUAAAGAAGGUUGCAAAGCUUGAAGCUGAGUGCCGUAGGCUAAAAGCUUUGGGUAGCAAAACACCUGUUGUCAAUGAUCACAAGUCCAGUGCUGCUUCUUCAAUUUAUGUGGAGUCUUGCAUGGAUAGUCAAUCAGACAGUGGAGAGCGGCUAAACAUGAUGGAGAUAGAUUCUCAAAAAAUGAUUGGCUCUGAGGCAAACAAGCGUGACCUGACUUUCUCUGACUCUUGGGCUUCGGCUCUGGUUGCUGAGCUUGAUCAACUCAAUAACGAAAAGGCUGUAAGCAGAAAUUUGCCUGCUCCUUCCAUUGAUAUUGAUCUCAUGGAAGAUUUUCUUGAGAUGGAACGACUUGCUUCGUUGCCACAGACUGGGAAUGGAACUAGUUGUCUGGAAUCAGAAGCCAUAGUUAAUCAAACCAAUAAUGAAGAACGUGCCUUGAGAGCUGAACUUGAAGCCAUGAGCCAUCGGACAGCCGAACUUGAGGACAAGUUAGAAAAGUUGCAAGUAGAGAAAGAAAGAUUAGAGGUAGAGAAUGCUGAACUUGAAGCUAUGAGUCAUCAGGCAGCCGAAUUAGAGGACAUGUUAGAAAAGAUGGAAGUCGAGAGAGAAAAUUUGGAAGUAGAGAACGCUGAACUAAAAACUGCUUUAGCCAAAAGUCAAGAAUGUUAUGUGGCAGCAGAGUUUCAGCUUAAAGAAGCAGAAAUGAAGUUAGAGGAGUUACAAAAGGAGCUAAGCAUUGCAAAAGAAUCAAAGCAGACUAUUGAGUCUCAGCUCAUUAGCAUGGAAGCAGAGGCGUGGACCAUGUCUGCUAAGGUUGAUUCUUUGGAAGCAGAGGUUCAAAGGGAGAGGGCUUUGUCUGCAGAAAUUGUGGUCAAAUGUCAAGAUUUAGAGGAGGAGCUAUCAAGAAAAAACGAAGAAGUCAAGUUUCAAAAAACUGCUUGCUCGAAUGGUGAAUUGAAGAGAAAGCAGGAAGACCUAGCUGUAGCAGCUGGAAAGCUUGCCGAUUGCCAGAAGACAAUAGCGUCUCUAGGAAAUCAGCUCAAAUCUCUAGCGACGCUAGAAGAUUUUCUGAUAGACUCCGGAAGCCUCCCAGGGUUCACUGCCGUUGCACCACAGGUUCCUAAAGCUGAUGAAAAUUGGAAGUUGCAUUCCAAUGUAACAUAUUCACCUAAAAGAGAUUCUGUGUCAAAACCAGCUGAUGAGAGUUCUGGUCCAUCAGUAAACAGGAGUCGAAAUGAGGACAACUCCCCACCAUCUUCAUCUUCGUCAACCUCAUCCACUGUGUUGUCGACUCAUGUCAGCUCUGAGAAGAACCGAAAUGGGUUCGCAAAGUUCUUCUCCCGAACCAAGAGUGGGAUACGACUAGAAAUUUAGGUGAGAUUAAUUCUUUAGUAGAGAACGAGAAACGUCAUUGGUUUCCGGGGUUUGUAUUACAAGGAACUUAGUGAUUCACUUGAUCGAUCAAACUCUGAAUCUCCUUAGAGUUUAAAAUUUAAAUGCUUUUUCUUCCUGUUUGUGUAAUUUGGAAUUUUAUGGUUUUUCUAUCCUUUUUUUGGGCAUAUUAAGUUGUGAGAUUAUGCAAAAAUAAAUGAAUUAAUUCUGGACA